AUGCCCAAAACAACCGACACAGGCACGGCGUGUCCUGCGCGCCCGCCAUUGUUCGUCGCCCAAUUGCCCGUCGGCAGCGAUGGCAAGCCCAAGAUCCAGCGCGUGCUGAUCGCAAACCGUGGUGAGAUUGCGUACCGUGUUAUCGAGGCCUGUCGGACGCUGAAUAUAACGUCUAUUUCGGUUUAUGUACAAGAGGAUGAAAAGUCGCGACAUGUCAGCGCCGCCGACGAGGCGAUCAAUAUCGGCUCUAUCAACCAGGCCGGCGGCAAUCCAUUCCUGAAUAUCAAACUGAUUGUCAAAACCGCAGUAGAAACCAACGCAGACGCAAUUCAUCCAGGCUAUGGCUAUCUCAGCGAGAACGCCAAAUUCGCCGAUGCUGUCAGAGAUGCAGGGCUCAUUUUCAUCGGGCCUUCGGCCACCGCCAUGUCAACGCUGGGCGACAAGCGUAUGGCCAAAGACUACCUCCGCGAGCACGACCCCCAUGUGCCGCUCAUCCCUGGGUUUACUGGCAGCAGUCAGGAUAAUGCCGUGCUGGAGGAAGCUGCUGCGAAAAUUGGGUAUCCCGUCAUGCUCAAGGCGUCUGCCGGAGGUGGUGGACGCGGCAUGCGCAUCGUGCAUGAGGCGGCCAAGUUGAAGGAAGAGCUUCUCAGCGCGCAGUCUGAAGCCACCCGGUCGUUUGGCAGUGGAGACUGUAUUUUGGAAAAGUACAUCGCACUGGGGAAACACAUCGAGUUCCAGGUCAUCGGCGACAGCCAUGGAAACGUAGUUUCGCUGUGGGAUAGAGAGUGUUCGAUCCAACGACGACAUCAGAAGGUCAUCGAAGAGUCACCGUCGAUUUUCCUCACGCCGGAGAAACGCCAGCAAAUGAGCGAAGCCGCACUUCGCGUGGGUAAGCUGCUUGGAUAUGAGAAUGCGGGAACGGUCGAGUUUGUGUUUGAUGUAUCAGACGGGAGUUUCUACUUCCUCGAAAUGAACACGCGGCUCCAGGUCGAACACCCAAUCACCGAAGAAGUCACCAGUCUCGAUAUCGUCGCGCUGCAGUUCUAUGUCGCAGCCGGCGGAAAUCUCAAGUCAUUACCGCAACUCGACAACAUCCCUCAAAACGGGCACGCCAUCGAAUGCCGACUCUGCGCUGAAGAUCCUCAGAGUAACUUCUUCCCCGAACACGGCACCGUGCGAUUCUGGCAAACAGCCACCGUCGCCCUCCCCGGUCUGAAAGACACACGCUUCGAGACAUCGGUCGAAACCGGCUCGCGGAUUUCCAUUCACUUCGACUCGAUGAUCGCGAAAAUCGUCGUGUGGGCGCCAACCCGCGCCAUGGCGAUUCAGAAAGCUAUUACCGCGCUGAGCCAUACGAUUUGCAUCGGACUCAAGACGAACCAGCGCUUUUUGCAGAACUGUCUGUUACAUCCGGGGUUCCAAGACCCGGCGUAUACGACGGCUUUUAUCCCGACGAAUCUGCCCAAGCUGCUGUCGGAUCCCUAUGUGGAUGUUCCUGCGGCUCUACGGCGGAGUCUGGCAUUAAUACCUAGUGUGUUCCUGCAUACUGCUGCAGAGUAUAUCCCGCCGUUGAAGCAGAGCGGACACUUCAAGCUUGUGCGGCCUGGCUUCCGAAACCAGCGUCGCGAUCCGGUGAGCGGCCAGCCUGCUGUUAUUACGACGGGCGCAGGUGAGAGCCAGUUAUUCCUGCUCGUGCAAUGGAAUGACAAGACCGAGAACGACAAGUCGGUCAUCCGCGCGAAACUACAGCCGCUGCCCAUUGCGCCUGCAUCGCAGGAUAGGAAACCCUCCGCAGCUGCACAAGUGACAGCUCAAUACAAUGCCAUCAGCGACGCGCUGCGCAACCCAACUCCAGCAGACUUGACCUCACACGCGAUCGAAAUCUCACAGGCUAAAACUGCUCUCUCAGCGGGCAAGACAUCGCAGCCAUGGGUCAACGCGUCGCUGACCGUGACAGUCGACGGAAGAGCAUUCCGCGUGUAUCUCUCCACAAAAAACACCGAACUAGGCGGCUUCUCAUCCGUCGCUCAACCCAAGGAGAUCUACGCCCACGUCCUCGGCUUCGGGACAUGGUUCACGCUGAAAUACUACGACCUGCUAUCGUACUGCGAGAGCAUCAGACAGGUUGCAGCGACGUCCCAAGCUAGUCUGAAAGCUGUCAGCGCGCCGAUGCCGUGCAAGGUGCUCAGCGUGCUAAAAAGGGACGGCGAGAAGGUCAAGGAGGGCGAUGUGGUGCUUGUUGUCGAGAGUAUGAAGAUGGAGAUGAAUAUUUCGGCGCCGGCGGAUGGGGUGUUCAAAACGGGGGUUAAGAAGAAUGAUGCUGUUAAUGAGGGAUUUGUUUUGUGCGAGAUAGAAUAA